AUGCAGAGACUUAGUAGGCAGCUUUACAGUGGCAAAACUGAAUUCUUUCCUAUUCAAUUAGGUACAAAAGAACAGCUAACAAAAGAAAAUGAAGAGUGGAAGCAAAAGAGCAGUUCAUUAGAAGAACAGAAAACUGAAUUGGAGGUGCGGAUGAGUGCACUCAAAUCACAGUAUGAAGGUCGAAUCUGCCGUCUGGAAAGAGAGCUUAGAGAGCAGCAAGAGCGACACCAUGAACAGCGAGAUGAGCCACCAGAGUCUACAAAUAAGGUCCCAGAACAGCAGAGGCAAAUCUCACUCAAGUCUGCUCCAGCUUCAGGUGAAAGAGGAAUUGCUAGCACUUCAGAUCCACCAACAGCAAAUAUUAAACCAACUCCUGUUGUGUCAACUCCAAGUAAAGUGACUGCUGCUGCAAUAGCUGGAAAUAAGUCUACUCCAAGAGCCAGUAUCCGUCCAAUGGUUACUCCUGCUACAGUCACUAAUCCUACCACUACUCCAACAGCAACAGUUAUGCCUACAACACAGGUGGAGACUCAGGAAGCUAUGCAAUCAGAAGGACCUGUGGAGCAUGUUCCCGUCUUUGGAAGCACUAGUGGGUCUGUGCGUUCCACCAGUCCUAAUGUUCAGACAUCUCUCUCUCAGCCCAUCUUGACUGUUCAGCAGCAGACGCAAGCAACUGCUUUUGUGCAGCCCACUCAGCAAAGUCAUCCUCAGAUUGAGCCUGCUAAUCAGGAGCCAUCCCCUACCAUUGUAGAAGUUGUACAGAGCUCUCAAAUAGAGAGGCCCUCCACUUCUACAGCAGUGUUUGGCACAGUUUCAGCUACCCCAAGUUCCUCGCUGUCUAAACGUCCACGGGAGGAAGAGGAGGAUAACACCGUGGAAAACUCGGACCAGAUUUCAGAGGAAACAGUGGAUGUACCUCUUCCAAAGAAACUGAGAAGCAUACAGAGAGUUGGACCUGAGGAGGAAGUGACAGCAGAAGAGAGCACUGAUGGUGAAGUCGAAGCUCAAACAUACAAUCAAGAUUCACAAGACUCAAUUGGAGAAGGUGUUACCCAGGGAGAGUACACUCCGAUGGAGGAUAGUGAAGAAACUUCCCAAUCUAUCCCAAUAGAUCUUGGACCUCUUCAGUCAGAUCAACAAAAUACUUCAUCAUCUCAGGAUGGUCAGUCCAAGAGAGAUGAUGUCAUUGUAAUUGAUAGUGAUGAUGAAGAUGAUGAUGAUGAAGAAAACGAAGGCGAGCAGGAA